CACUCACAGCAGGGAGACUGUGCCUGCCUGGCAGUUACCCCUCUGCCAGGUGGCCAGUGGGGCCCCUCCCAGCCUGUCACCAUGAACGUCUUCAACCGGAACAUCAACUACGAUGCCCUCUUCAAGUUCUCUCACAUCUCAGCCUCCACCCAGGAGCACCUCAAGAGGGUCUAUGCCAGCUUUGCCCUCUGCAUGUUUGUGGCGGCCGUGGGGGCUUAUGUCAACAUGGUGACCCAGCUCCUCCAGUUCAGCCUCCUGACUGGGCUGGGCGCCCUGGGGCUGAUCAUUUGGCUGACAGCCACCCCGCACAGCCGGGACACAGAGCAGAAGAGGUUGGGGAUGCUGGUGGGCUUCGCUUUCCUGACAGGCAUCAACCUUGGGCCCCUCUUGGAAAUGUGCAUCUCCAUCAACCCCAGCAUCAUCCCCACUGCCUUCCUGGGCACUGCCACCAUCUUUGCCUGCUUCUCGCUGAGUGCCCUCUAUGCCCGGCGCCGCAGCUUCCUCUACCUGGGAGGUUUCCUGCUCUCUGGCCUCACCCUGAUGCUUCUCUCCUCUCUGGUUAAUGCCUUCGUGAGAUCCACCUGGCUCUUCACAGCCAACCUCUAUGUGGGGCUGAUGAUCAUGUGUGGCUUCGUGCUCUUCGACACACAGCUCAUCAUUGAGAAGGCAGAGAGUGGGGACAAGGAUUACAUCUGGCACUGUGUUGAUCUCUUCCUUGACUUCGUCGACAUCUUCCGGGAGCUGAUGAUGAUCCUGGGCAUGUCUGAGAAAAAGAAGAAGGAGAAGAAGUGAAGCAGCUCCAGGCCAAGGUGGAGCUGUCCCUGUUGGUCCUUGCCCUGUCCCUGUCCCUUCUCUCUGGUUCAUUAAAGGGGUUGAGCUUUGCUGCUGAGGAGCAGCAGCCCAGAGGCCUCCUCUUCGUGUGAGGUUUUCUCUCUUUUAGCUUACUUUGGUCGUUUUCUAACCCAACCUGCAGCUUCUGCUGGACUUUGGCUCAUUCCUUCACCCCCCAAAAAGAGCCUGGGUUCCUGGGAGGGGGUUCCCCAUCCCUGGGGGGAAUGGUUUCCUAUCCCUGAGGGGGUUUCCAUCCCUUGGGGUUCCCACACUUUAGUUUUCUGCAGCAUUUUCUCCCCAGUCCCACUGCCCUGGCACCCUGGGGAGUGUUAGAGUGUUCCCCUCCUCCCCAUACCAGCCCAGGGGUGGGCAGUGGGACCUUCCCUCCCCUGCCCCCCAGUGGAGGAGCCUCACUUGUAGCAUCAGUGCCAAGAAAUCCGAGGGGGAAGCCCCCACUCUGCCUCCCCCACCCCAUUCCCCCUUUUGCUGUCAUCUCUUUGUACACCAGGACAGAGUCAAUAAACCUCU